AUCUAGCGUCAUAGGCGCCACGCCCUGUCGCAAGAGACCCUGCGGACUGGACAAGCUUAGUUCUUAUUUCUUGGAUUCGGUAUUCCUGUCAUGGCCGGCUUCUUCUUCUCCAACAGCACGCCCCGCGCAGAGCUGCCGACAACGAACGCCCCGCCGACCGAUGCCAACGAUGACAUGGAUGAAAACGUCAAGGCCGGCUGCCCCAGCAUGUCGUACGAAAACCGACUGUACGCAUUUGGCGCCGUCUUGGUCGUCGGCGCCGCGUGCUCGCUCUUCUCGCUCGUGUUUUUGCUGACCGUCAACAUGGUCGGGUUUGGUGUCAUGUACUCGUUCGGGUCGCUCUGCGGCCUCCUCUCGACCAUGUUCCUCGUUGGCCCGAGCCGCCAAGUCGGCGCCAUGUUCCAAAAACACCGCUGGAUCGCGACGGCCGUCUACUUGGGCUUGAUUGUGCUCACGCUCAUUGUGGCCUUCUCGGGUAUGCGCAAGGCCGGCAAGGUCGUGCUCGUCCUCCUCUUUGUGCUCCUCCAGUUCCUCGCCGCCAUUUGGUACUCGCUGUCGUACAUUCCGUUUGCGCGUCGGGUUGUGCAGAAGGCGCUCGGUGGCGCAGGCGACUGCCUCUUCAAGUAAGGUCGUAUCCCUCGAUGGACAUGAGAAUCCUUUGUGGUUCAUGGCGUUCUUGACAAAAUGCAGUGGUCUGGGACCAGAAAGCUCAUCCACAGCACUCGGCCAUGGGAUCGAUCUUGGGAUACAACACAUAUACAAAUGCAUACGAGCAGUACGUAGUUGGAUCUGCACGGCGCGUUAUGCGCGUGACGCGGCCGCGAGGUCGUCGAGAAUCGCGAG